AUGAUGGUUGUUUUUGUUCCAGGGGCCGAGGCCGAGGAGUUCCAGCUGCUGCAGUCCCAGGGCGCCGUGUCGGUGUCAGCCGGAGAGACUCUCACUCUGACCUGCUCUGUGACUGGGCUCACUCCAGUAGGACCUGUGAAGUGGUUCAAGGGCUCGGGCAGUGGCCGCCAGCUCGUUUAUGCAGAGGUGGGAUCAUUCCCCCGGGUGACUCGGGCUGUGAAUGGCUCUGACACAAACUUCACCAUCCGCAUCAGUGACACCCGCCCCGAGGAUGCCGGGAUCUAUCGCUGUGUGAAGUUUAAGAGGGGGGCGGGAGGCGAUGAGGAGUUCACAUCCGGCGCUGGCACCGUCGUGACUGUGAGCGCCAGACCGUCGGCCCCAUCCGUGUCCGGCCCCCCCAGCAGGGCAGAGCCGGGUCCCCCAGUGACUUUCAACUGCACGUCAGGAGGAUUCUCCCCCAGAGACAUCACUGUGACCUGGCUCAAAAAUGGGGAUAAACUCCCAGCCCCCCAGCCCCAGGUUCUCCCUGCACACGAAAGCGUCUCCUACAACAUGUCCAGCACCGUGUGGGUGAGCCUGACCGCAGGAGAUGCCCGCUCCCAGCUCACCUGUCAGAUAGAGCACAGCACCUUACCGGCUCCCCUGCGUGCGACUUACAACCUCAGCGAUGCCCUGCGAGUUCCCCCCAGGCUGCGAGUGGACACUGCCCCAGCGGCACCUGUCGCACUGAACGAGUCUGUGACGUUCACCUGCCGCGCGGAGGGGUUUUACCCGAAGGACGCGAGUCUCACCUGGCUGGAGAACGGAAAUGAGACGAAUCUGGGAAAACCCUCUCCCCUGUCUGAGAAUCCAGACGGGACGUACACGCUCCAGAGCUCCCUGGAGGUCAAAGCAACUGAGCAGAGGAAUCAGUCCGUGUUCACCUGUCGGGCUGUGCACGAUUCCCAGCCCCCCGUCAGUGCCAGCGAGACGCUGAGACUCUCCCAGCCACCUGCUGAGCCAGGCAAAGAUCCCACUUCAUCUACUCCAGAUAGUUACUUAUCUGAAGAAAAAAAGAUCUACAUAGUAGUAGCAGUGGUUUGUGCAGUGCUGGUUGUAUUGGUAAUCGCCGUCAUCUACCUCAUCAGAGUACGACAGCGCAAAGGAAAAAGCUCCCCUUCUGUAAGGCUACACGAGCCCAAGAAGAGCCCCAGCACAGCUCCCCAGGAUUCUGAUCCCAACAACCUGACCUACGCAGACCUGAACUUCGACAAGCAGAAGAAGAAGAGCAUGCGCCGGUUCGUGGAGAUGAGCCCGCAGUCGGAGUACGCCUGCAUCCAGACCGGCCAGCCGGCAGCCACUGAAGACAAUCUCACCUACGCUGACCUGGACAUGGUCCACCUCAGCAAGGCACCCAAGAGACCUGCCCCCCAGCCCGAGGAAGCCAUCUCAGAGUACGCCAGCGUCCAAAUCCAAAGGAAAUGAUCAGGGCUAAAAGCAGUCCGGGGCUCACUGGGUUUUCGGUGAAGUCUGGCAGGCCCCUAGCUGGACAUGGAGCCCUGGUCCUCCAGCACUGGCUCUCAAUGGAGGCACCAGGAGCACAGUGGAAGUGUGUGCCAAGCUAUGGUCGCUGCAUUUCUGGGGCUGGAAUGCUUCACACUGCGUGCGGCAGCCUCCCCAUGCCACUGUGUCCUCACUUGAGUGAAUACCAACUUCCACACCCGGCCCGGAGAGGCCCAGACUGAACUCAGACCCUCACACAGUGCAGCUUUAUUUCUGGACCAGUAUCUCUGCUAUUCCCCCCCCUCCUCCCCACUCCCCUGGUGAUUUGUCACCAGACUGGAGAGGUCCUUCGCUUGGUGCACCGAGUUUGCUUUCACACGUGUUAAGCAGACAGACUGUUUUCAGUGCUUCGCUGGUGCAGUGGCCUAGUCCACCUCGUAACCUCUCCAGACAAGGGCUGUGUCAGUCUAGUGAACACCUGAGUUUCUCUGCAGCCAAUUUAGUACGUCAUGUGCGUGGAAGAACCAGCUAGGCUGCCUCAGAUCAGCCACCUGAAGGAGAGGAGGCCAUUUUGGGAGAUAACUUAGUGGCAGAGAGCUGUCUGGCAGCAGGCUCUGGACUGCUGUUCUCAAGGCAACAUAGGCCAACUAGCUUGCCUGAUGGAGUCCCUCUGUGAAGAGCAGACUACGCCCUCUUCCUCCCUCCUCCUGUUCCAGAACCCGCGUCUGAACGAGACUGCUCAUUUUAGGCACAGCUUUUCCUCCAAACUAAGUGUGUCGUAAGUAAUUCCUUAAGUUUCCACCUGAGGUUCCCCCUCCCCAAUCAUCCCAUCCUUGGGGCAGUAUGUUAAGACCAGUGACCCCCUCGUGCCCUUGAGGGUUGAGCACCAGGCUGUGUGUCUCACACUCUGCAAUCAGAUCACAAAGUGAGGACGUUUCUCAGCACUAGAGCACCUUGGGCUGGGGAACGCAGCCUGCGGAGCUCCCUGGGCAGAGCGGAGAUUCUUGAUCCGACCCUGGAGCCAAUCACAAGCUACACUAGUCGUGAGCUGAUAGGCACCGCCGCUCCCAGGCCUGUGUUCCCCUGGUACAGAGCAUCCUCAUUACCAACCACAGAGCUUAUCCUCAUGAGACUGGGACUAACGGGCUUCCUACAGAAGCUUGUGCUAGCCGGGGUGGGGGAAGAGGCUAGCCAACCUCUACUGCCAGAGCACAGGCUACUCCCAGGGCUAUGCUGCCUUUCAGCACUUCCUGCGGGCCAGGUCAUCCAGCACUCCCGGCCCCAGUGCCUGGAAGGAAGAAGAAAGCCUUGAUGCACAGGGGAGGGCAUCCCCCGGAGAACAACGUCACCAUGUUUUGACUGUUUGACAUGUAACUGUUAAUCUUUAGCGCUAAAAGCCAAUGCUUGUGUGUCGUCCAUGGGUGGAGUGCUAUGUGUUCAUCACUAGGAUGAGACGUGCAAAACUAAGUGUCAGAGUCAGCGUGAUAAUCCCCAACCCUGUCAAGUGAAGUCCCGGUAAGCAAGUAACCCUCUCUCAGCGCUGCGGGGAGGGGUGCGGAUUUCUGACUUCUCGGCCUUCCCCACUGCCGGGUAGACUUACCGGCCUAGCAAAGAAAAGUGGCAAACGAAGCUGAAAUGCAGCCACAAGUGGCAUUUCAGAAGCAGCCGCCUUCCUGAUUUUCUACAUGGGAGGUUGCAGAUAAUGCAGAGUUUCAAUUUUCACCUUAUCCCUAGGAUUCAGGUUUCAAGAUUCCCAGGGCCAAGAAGAGCUGGGCUAGGCAGCUGGCACUCCAGGCAGUGGAUUAUACCUGUUUACGCCAGGCCUGAAUGUGGCCCCCUUGCCCAGUUAGUGUGAUGGCCGAAUGCCCUUUCACUGCCCUCCUUUCCUCAGCAGUAUUAAAGGGAACACAUGGGACUUGUGGUACCAUUCCUUGGAAGGAGGGCGGACGAGGGAGAAAUAAUCUAGCACUAAAACGUGUUGGAAACCAGAUUGUAUUCUAGCUGCUUGAUCCUGCAGGGAGCAGGGGAGGAGGAAGGGGAAGCCAGGAGAUCUACACAGGAUGUUUCAAAACCAACAAGUUGACCACUUGUACAGAUUGCAACAUAUUUUUUGUUUUGUUUUGUUUUGCUUGCAGGAUAUUUUUGUAAUAAAAAGUUCA